GGAAUAAAAAGGAAAAUUUGAAACUAAAAUAACGAAGAGAAACCUCCAAAUUAAAUACAGAAGGAAGCACAGUGGUUAUGUUUUGAACUAGAAGGCGAAGAAGAAAAUGUCAGGAGAAAGACGCUCUUCUUCUCUCUACGAAAACGAAAACAAUUUGUUCCUGGACAUACUGGAUGAGGCGCCACUUUUUGGUAAUAGGAAGCCUGCAAGCCUGAUUGGGAGUGUUUUCUACUGUAUCUUAUUGGCAAGUUUUGCUGUUUUGGCUGUGGGAGCUACAUGCAUAUUUCUCCCGAUCCGGGGAUUAGUUUUCCAACUUCUUUGCAGUUGUAAUGUUGCCCUCUUAGUUAUCACGGGCAUUUUUCAGCAAUAUCUGGUAUACCAAGUCCAGAAAAUACGGUUGCAGGGUUACUGUGUUUUCAGCCAGAAGCUGAAGCACAUUAUUCGCCUACCGUUUGCGACAAUUGCAUAUGGAACUGCUGCAAUGCUGCUGGUCAUGGUCUGGGAUCCAGAUAUUAGCAUCCUCUCCAUAUCCACACUACUCAGGAUAAUCAUGCUGGCUGAAGUAGUCUGUGCUGCUUCUUUCAUGACUCUCUAUAUUGGUUAUGUUCAUCAAUACAAUUCAUUUCAUUCCCAGCCUGAUGUUUUGAAGUCACUUUAUUCUCCACUUCAACCAUCAAGUUCUUUGGAAGGACUGAGGUAUCAAGAUGGUGGUCGACUAUCUGAUCAGCUCAUGACCUUAUUGCAAUAUCAGCAAGAAAAUAUACACUUUCUGAAUGAGGAGAUUCUAGGAUUACAAGAAUCCUUGAGCAAAUAUGAAAGGUCUAAUGAUGGGAGUGCACCUCAGGUUGAUCUUGCCCACUUACUGGCAGCUCGAGACCAAGAAUUGCGCACACUUUCAGCUGAGAUGAAUCAAUUGCAAUCUGAGCUUAGACUUGCUCGAUCUCUAAUAGAAGAGAAGGAUGCUGAGAUGCAGCGCAUCCGCAGUACAAACAAUCAGUAUGUAGAGGAAAAUGAGAGGCUUAGAGCUAUUCUAGGGGAAUGGAGCAGCCGAGCGGCUAAGCUUGAACGUGCUUUGGAGCUUGAAAGGAUGUCAAACUUGGAAUUGCAGAAAAAAGUAAACUCACUGAAAAGCCAAAGGCAUGACUAAGUUCAAUCAAGAUAGCUACUUGGUUAGCAACUUGUCACUUCUCAACACACCAGCCAAUUCUUUGUUUUUUGGUUAGUAGGAAGGAGGGUAGUGUCAACAAAGAUGAUUACCUGUUAGUCUGUUACAUAGGAGGAUGCCGCGGUCCUAUCUGCAUAUAUACAGACGAUUCUGGGUUGACACAACGUUUUCAGCCUUCACUGCCAUAUGUGGGUUUGUGCACAUUUUAUUUCUUGGUUUCCUGCUACAAUGAUUUUUUGGAAGUCUAUUUCUUGACAAUUGUGUUUGCCAUUAACUCUAGGACUAAUACCAUUUGUUUACUACCAAUUCUAGGACUACACCCUUUGUUUCUUUUAC